AGCAGCUCGUGCCAUUGAUUGCAGAAGAUUUUGCAGCAGCAGCCAUGCAUGUCCAUUUCAACCUGCUGGUCUUUGGCCUGACCUAUACGUGGGCAGAGGCCCCAGUCCGCCUGGCGAUUUACGGAGCCUGCGUGGAGUCUGUCAAUACGGAGUAUAACUUGCAGGGUAGAACUGCCAGUGGAGCGCCUUUUUACAAGGGCUUCAACUCCAAGCUGCAUAUCUACUUUGAUCCAAGUUGUGAUGGCUCCACCAGCGAUUCCAGGUGGAUUAUCGACCUCUUAGACGGCACACCGGACCGAAACCAAUCGCAGGACUUGGAUGACAAUCUUCUUUGUACGCACAUUGCGUACAUUUCUUCAACGGAUACCACCAAACCACCAAUUGGUGAAUUUCAGUGGAUCAUGGAAUGCCCCACUGGUUCACAGACCGUGAGCCUGGAGCUGGCGGAGGUAGAUCGCGCUGGCUACCAGAUUCCGCCGGCCUUUUUUUGCGCCUACAACUGCGGGUCGGAUCGGGGUGAGGUGACGCGGCCUGGCCAAUGCUUUGUAAAGAGCGAAGUUUUUGCGACUCGUGGUGUGAGCUGGGGAUUCCUGGUGACGCGCAUGUCGGAAGUCCCAGAAGGGCUUUCAACCAACAUCCCUCCGCUCAUCACUGAGUGGGAAACCUACAGCCAGGGUGAUAUGACCUGGGAAGGCUGGUUUUACGUCAAGGCGCCUCCAGCAGAAAGGUCAAUGCUCAUUGGCACCUUCGGCACUAAUGACGAUGUGACCUUGUACAGUUCAUCCAGCAGGCGGCGGCAUGGCGCCGUUUGGAUUGAGAGCACUGGUCAAAUUGGCAUGAGCACCAAUGCGGGGACGUCUAGUGGCUACAUUGAUGGGCCCAACCUUCUUGAUGGCAAGUGGCACCAUGUGGCCGCCAUUUGGAACCAGACUGCUGGGGGUGGGUCGAAGGUCACCAAAAGUUUUAAGUUUAUGCAUGUGCGAUAUUCGACCAUUUUUGGUCGUCAGGACAUGUUUGCUGAGCUCACUGAGCGGAUCCUGAAUGCCACGUCCAUCGAGACCAACGCCUCGAAGGAGGAUAUUUGGGUCACGCUCAGUGAUGAGCAGAUCAUCGGUGGUGAAGGAAGGACCAAAGUGUCCUUAGCAGUGAACUGCGACGUUAAGAACGCAGACAUGACCCUGGCACGCUUAGUCAGCAGUUUAACCUUCGACGCUCGCAUGAUGGGGGCACUCUUCAACACGACCCUCAUUACCAACUCUUUUACAGGGCUCCCGCCUGUGGAAGACAAUGUGGCGAUCUACGACAAUGAGUUUCCGCUGAUUGAAUACGUGGGCAGUGGCAAGCUUUUUGUUGAUAGCGUCGAAUAUGUCGGGAGACUUACCUAUUCUCCCGAUGCCGACAACAUUGCUGACAACGGGCAAUUCAUGAUCGGUGGCGGCCACCAAGGGCGGCCAGUUGACUGCGAGAUGGCACGCAUGAGGCUUUGGAGCCUCGCUUUGACGCAGGAGCAACUCGUGGAGCUGCAGUCGUGUGACCCACUGGAUGUAGAGCAGUUCAUCGGGGGGUCUUAUCCACACUCUCUUCAUGCCUCCUGGGAUUUGAACGGAAACUUCAGCAACAACUUCGGACCCUUGGACAACUUGACGGAGCACAGCGCCUGGGAGGAGCAAACUGGCACAGGCAGCAAUGCAGUGGAUGGACUGAACUAUCCGUAUUGGAAAAAUAUCGUCACUGGCGAGGCAGUCCAAACCUUUGCGCAGAGCAUGAAGCAUCACCUGAGCCGGCUGAAUGGUGGUGACUUUAUUCGAGGUGGCGUUUGCAAUUUCGAUGCUUGUCCAUCCAUCUCCCCACAGAACUUGUGCCCGUUGGAACGAUCUGUUCGCUUUAUGAGCAUCGAGGAGUGCGAGGCUUUUGCAUCCUUCAACUACUGCCGGCUCUCUGGAAGCACACGCAAUCGGCCGAGCAUGCCACAUCUUGAUGGCUGUCAUAUAGGUCCUGAGUAGCACCGAGUCUCUAGACAAUGCGCAGGCUUUUGCUUUGCUCACAAUUGGAAUCUCAGGAGGGAUCGCCCUGGCAUGUCC